AUGUGUUGUAGCUAAAGAUUUUUUAUCAAUUUCUUUAAACUAUCAUGCUUGCUGUCCUUUAUUUUAGCUGUUAUUUGUCUUGCGAAGUCAAUAUAAUGUUCUUAGUAUGAAGAUUCUUUAUUUAUAAAUGGGCUAAAUCAUUUUAAGUCUAAUGGAUGGAUAAUUUAUAUCAGUUUAUUCUUUGUAUGCUUCUUUUUUGGGUUAAUUGGAUUGAUUUAUGCUUUUUCAUUCGCUAAAUGUAAAUGGUUAGUUUUUAUUACAAUAAUAUUAAAUCUAGUACUAAUAGGAUUUUUUUCAACGCUAAUCGCAGCUAAGACUUUAACAUCAUCAAGUAUAUAGACAUAUAUAGGAAGUAGUCUUAAUGACUGUAUGAAUUAACCAUUUUUUGCACAGUGUUAGUCAAUGUAUACUAAAUCUUUAGCUUAUUGGUGCUAACAUACUUGUCCUUGUAUUAUAAAGGAUCCUACUAAAUGGGAUCCAUUUUUUUGGAAUAACUAUGUCACUAACACGGGCAAUCCAGUAAACACAUUUUAAUAAUGCGGAGCUUUUGAUACAUUAUAUAAAUAGUCAUCAGGACUAUCUGAUUCAGAUUUCACAUAUUAUACAAAUUUUUUAAUAGCCGUUGAAUCUAAAUUCUAAUGUUCAUAAAUGUGUAGUGUUUCUUCAAUUUUUACAUUUAGCGAUGUCAGUAAUGGAAAGCCAAAUUAAGAUGAACCUUGUUACAAAUCAUAUCUAGAUUUCAUAAAUAGUUUUGUUGGAUCUUUUAGUCUUAUAGGAGCUUUUGGCACAUCUUUGAGCACCGUUUAGUUGUUUUUAUAGCUGAUGCACUUAAUUGGUUACAAGAAAAACAAAGUAAAUGUGUAAAAUAAUAAAUCUGUUUCUCUGCCUAAAAGUAAUCAUGAUGAAUCAUAUAUUAAGAAUAAAGCACAAAAAGAUGUUUUGUGA